AUGUCUCGGUUCUCCUGGCUCUUCACUCUGUGGUCCUUCUCAGCCCCAUUGUUGCUCCUUGUGGGGAGACAAAUGGGGCUCAGUGUUGGGUUGCAGGUGGCUGAGACAGUGAGUUGUUCCCGGUGGGGUACACCCAGUAACGAGGGUCUUUUCCACGAUGGAGACGUAGUUAUCGGUGGACUCUUCAAUCUUCAUUACCAAACUCCUGCAAUAGACCACAACUUCACUCAGCUGCCGCACUACAAAUCUUGCAAUGGUCUACAACAUGUUCCACUGCAAUAUAUUUAUGCUAUGGUGUUUGCGGUGGAAGAAAUCAAUAAUAGUACUACGCUGCUACCAGGUGUGAAGCUGGGGUACCAUAUUUUUGACAGCUGUGGCCGACCACCAUGGGCUCUGCAGGCAGCACUGUCACUGGUUGGAGGAGACAGCACCAGCUGCAAAUCAACAGACCUUCCAGGUUAUUCUACAGGGUACAGAGAGGGAAUCACAGAAAGGAAAGGUGAUCACCCCGUUCCCUUGAUCAUAGGUGGUGCUUCAUCUGUAACAGGCCAGAUACUCUCCAGACUCCUGGGGCCACUUUCUAUUAGCUACCUGUCAACCUGUCCCUGUCUAAGUGACAGGGGGAAAUUUCCUAACUUUUUCAGGACCAUCCCCAGUGAUGUGUACCAGGCCCGGGCCAUCGCCCAGCUUGCCAUACACUACAACUGGACUUGGAUUGGGGCAGUGGUAGCAAACAAUGACUAUGGCCACAUGGCAGUAAAGGUAUUUCAGGAGGAGACUCAGGGGAAAGGAGUGUGUCUGGCAUUUGUAAAGACUCUCCAAAGGGAAAAUAUUGUGAGUGAUGCCAGAAGUGCAGCUCUAACAAUUCAGGCCUCGACUGCAACUGUGAUUCUGAUCUUUUCCUGGUAUACUGAUGUGAGGGAACUGUUCCUGCAGCUAGACAAGAUAAAUGUGACUGACAGACAGUUUCUGGCCAGCGAGGCUUGGAGUACCAGUGGUAAUCUUCUCCAAAGUCUUGUCACUUCUAGAGUGGCAAGUGGUGUUCUUGGUGUAGCCAUUCGAAGUUCACCUAUACCUGGAUUUGAAAAUUAUCUCAGAACUUUGCACCCAGUUCAUCGUCCUGACAAUGAGCUCUUGAAAGAAUACUGGGAAGCUGAAUUUGGAUGUAGUCCUGGAGUCACCAGGUCUAGCCAUGCAUUAAACAUUUCUGCUGCAUCUCAUCAGGAAGCUUCUCUCCCACCCUGCAGAGGGACAGAGUCUCUGGAGGGAGUGCAGAAUCUCUUUACUGAUACCUCCCAGCUGAGAGUGACAUAUAAUGUGUACCUUGCUGUUUAUGCUGCAGCCCACGCCCUUCACAGCCUUCUCUCCUGCCCUAACAAAGACAACAGCUCCACUUGCUCCUCUCCAAAAAACAUCAAACCCAUAGAGUUUUUGCAGCACUUGAACAAAGUGAAUUUCCGCACACCACAAGAUGAAAUGUUCUACUUUCAAGGAGCCGAUAUUCCAGCAAAGUACGACCUUGUCAACUGGCAGGCCAACCCUGAUGGGUCCCAAAAACUUGUCUUGAUCGGUCGUGUGGAUGGGUUUGAUCUCCAACUCAAUGAGUCAGCUAUUCAGUGGAGCACAGGAUCCAAUCAGGUGCCUGUUUCAGUGUGUAGUGAGAGCUGCCCCCCAGGUACCCGAAAGGCCAACAGGAAAGGAGAACCUAUCUGCUGCUUUGACUGCAUCCCAUGUGCUGAUGGAGAAAUUAGCAACAAAACCGGUUCUCUUCACUGUGACCGUUGUCUAUCUGAGUUCUGGUCCAAUGCUAAACGAACCGCCUGCGUCCCUCGUCAGGUGGACUUCCUUUCCUUUAACGAAACCUUGGGCAUUACUCUGACUACAGCAGCUGUGUCUGGUGCCACAGUGACAACAGCUGUGUUUGUGGUGUUUAUUUGCUACCGUCAUACACCUAUGGUGCGAGCCAACAAUUCAGAGCUGAGCUUCCUCCUUCUUGUGUCGCUGAAGCUCUGCUUCCUGUGCUCGCUGGUCUUCAUUGGUCGUCCAUCAGUCUGGGCUUGUCGGUUCCAGCAGGCAGCUUUUGGGAUCAGCUUUGUACUUUGUGUUUCCUGCCUCCAAGUCAAGACCAUAGUUGUUUUGGCAGCGUUCCGCUCAGCUCGACCUGGUGCUGAAGCCUUGAUUAGGUGGUUUGGUCCAAACCAACAGAGAGGAAGUGUCUGCCUUCUCACCUCCAUACAGAUCAUCAUCUGUGCCAUAUGGCUGUCCCUCAGUCCCCCAGUGCCUCAACCUGAUCUGGGUUUCCAGGGGUCAAAGGUCACCCUGAAGUGUGCCAUGGCCUCUGUGGUGGGAUUCUCUCUGGUUCUCGGCUACAUUGGCCUGCUGGCCUCCACCUGUCUCCUCUUGGCCUUUCUUGCUCGGAAACUCCCUGACAACUUCAAUGAGGCCAAACUGAUCACCUUCAGCAUGCUGAUAUUCUGUGCGGUGUGGAUAGCUUUUGUCCCUGCUUAUGUCAGCUCUCCUGGGAAGUAUGUUGUCGCUGUGGAAAUAUUUGCUAUCCUGGCUUCUAGUUAUGGAUUACUGCUCUGCAUUUUUGCUCCAAAGUGUUUCAUUAUUCUUUUGAGGCCUGAAAAAAACACCAAGAAACACUUGAUGGCCAGAUAG